AGCACUUGUUCUAGAGAUCGCCAACGUUGAUGCGCAAGCGAGAGAUGUAGAGGCGGUAUUCGGAGGUUGAGAACAUCUUGUAAAUGUCUACAGUGUAUCCAAUUCUAGGGUUCUUGGGAGGAUGAAGGCGUCGGCCAAGCUGCGCGAUGGGCAGGAGCCGCUGCUCCGAGCCAAGAUCCCGCUCAACAUCCUGGGGCUGCCAAUCUGCUCGGGCGUGAGCAUGGGCAGCAGCCAGGAGCUGGGGCUCCACGUCUCGACGCUGGUGGCGGCGGGGCCUUCAUGCCGGGUAACAUUUCUCCCCAACGAUUCCCACGCGCCCGUGUGUGUGAUGCUCAAGGCAGGGUUUGGGCCUUGGGGAUCUCCCGUGGGCUCCUGCCUCGCCAUCUCCGCGCAGCUCAAGCUUCCAACUUGGAGCCAGCAGCGACCCUCCUUUUCCAUUUCACUCAAGCCGCGCAAUGGUGAUUUCAUGCUGCUCAAGAAUGUGAGGGGAAUCGAGCUCAAGGGCCGCAAACCAAGCAAGGAAGAAUCGCCGGACGAGGCGACUGCCACGAAUGGCGUGAGUGUUGCGGAGCUGGCCAAAGCAUUUGACAAGGAGAAAACAAGCAGCACCAAGAAUGUGAAUGGCUGCUUGGAAGACGAUGGCUGGGUGAUCCCCGACGCUGGAACGAUGACAAGAACACGAACAAGAGGUUUCAGCUCCACCCCGGCUGCCUUCAAGGGGUGGAGUGUAGCAGCGCACAGCAGCCUUCCCCUGGGGCAACGGGUGUACGCUGGAAUAAGAUGGCGAGUGGGAGUCCCUGGAGAUUUGGUUGAGACUCUGGCCUCUAAUCCUCACAAGCUCUGGUCACGAUUGAGCUCCCCGGUUCUCAAGCUCGACAAGAUCACCCUCUACAGCAUCGAGCCCAAGGACGAUCAAGCGAAGCCCGACAGCAUGAGUGAUUCCAUGGCAGCAGCUCACCAAGCUUGGAUGGAGGAGAACCAAGAGCUUAACAAGGUCGCGGCCAUGUGUUCUUCCAUACGGAGGCAACUCCAUCUGGUGUACAGCGAGAACCGGGUUCUGAGGAACACACUGGAGGAGAUGCGAAGGAACUUUAACAGCAGGGGAAGCACCCCCACGGAGAUGCCAUCUUCCAUAGUCAUGGACAAGGCUCUGCUACCAUUGGCCGACUACGAGAACGUCCACAGGAGUCAGCAAUCGCCAAUCCCGGGGAAGAAGGAAUUUGAUGCCGAUGCUACUGCUCCGGCCGCUGACAAGAAUAGGGAGCAACGGAAUCAAUACCAGAGCAAACAACACAAGCCACGGCCGCCGGAUACUGCUGCGGUAGCUCCCGAGAAAUCUGUCCCUCCGCCACCUCCCGCUCCUUCGGCGUCUGCAGUUGCCAAGGAGCUCAAAAAGGCAAUCAAUGCAAGCAAAUCGACGUGAUUGCUUGUGUCAUGAUGUAUAUAGGAAAAUGUAAAGUAAGUUUUCUCAAAUCAAGAUGAACAGUCUAUUUACAAGAUUCAAUCAAAGGAACUUCUCCAAA